GACACAACAGAGGGAAAACAUUUCAAAAAUAAAACAGGAAACAGACAGAAAACAAGGAUCAUGACAUUAUAAAUCAAGGCUUAUAAGUUGUUUGUUUUAUAAAGAAAGAAAAUAACUUAAAACCAUACGUGAUAUCAAAGUAUAUAAUAUUAUUGAAAGGCUGAAUGGUUGAUUAAUGAAUUAUUAAUAUUUUGAUAUUCGGAUUAACUUGGGUUAAUACGAACGUGUUUCCAGGACCUAAAACGUUAACUUCCUUUUUUCUCCGACAGUACCUGAAGGCAGCCCCCGCGCUGCAGAAACACCAGCUCCCAGAAUCCUCUGCUGACGCAUGCGUAGUAUGCACUCUGGCCCGAAGGCGUUGGUGGUUGGUGUCCGUCCUAGGAUGCGUUGCACUCCGGCAGCAUCAGUACCAGCUCCACCGUGCAUAUAAACCUAAAUACCCGGGGGACGGAACAGAAAUUCGGGCUGUGUUUGCGGCUACAGAGGCCCUGGAGCUUCGGAGAUGGGGGACCAGAAGGAAUCUCUGCGUAAGAUUACCCACACUCUGGCCAUGAAGAACGAGGAGAUUUCAAACUUCGUCUGCACCCUCAAACAAAACCUCGAGAACUUGGAGGCAAACUCAAGCAGGGUCCAGGAGGAUCUGGAGUCAGAGUUCACCGCCCUGAAUGCUGUUCUGGACGAGAUGAAGGAAAACAUGGUGACUCGCAUCAAACAGGAGAGAGCCAGCCGCACGUACGAGCUACAGAGUCAGCUGAGCGCCUGCUCUAAAGCCCUGGAGAGUUCGGAGGAGCUGCUGGAGCUGGCCAAUCAGACGCUCUGCUCCUCCGAGACAGACGGUUUCAAUCAGGCGGCCAAAGACAUUAAGGAUAGCGUCACAAUGGCUCCAGCCUUUCGCCUCUCCCUGAAGGCUAAAGCCAGCGACAACAUGAGUCACUUGAUGGUGGAUUUCAGCCAGGAGAGGGUGGUGUUGCAGGGAAUCAAGUUUCUCCCAGUUCCCGCCACUCCAGAGAUCCAGGUAUCAGAGUGCCAGGUGUGCGACAACACGGUGACGGUAGUUUGGACUUUACCGGAGCCCGACAGCAAGAUAGAUCACUACAUCCUGGAGCACCGACGCACAAACCAUGAGGGGCCGCCGCGCAUCAGAGAGGAUUACCCCUGGAUGGUGGUGGAGGGGAUCCGAGAGAUGGAGCACACACUCACUGGUCUGCGCUUUGACACCCGGUACUUGACGUUCAGGGUGAGAGCGUGUAACAAGGCCGUGGCAGGAGAGUUUUCUGAGCUGGUUACACUAGAAACCCACGCCUUCAACUUCAAACUGGACUCUGGUUCGGCCCACCAGAACCUGAAGGUGGAGGACCUGAGUGUGGAAUGGGACAGCUGUGGAGGAAAGAUCCAGGACAUCCGCAAAGAAAAGACCCGAACCAACUCCCCGAUGCACUCUCCUGCUAGGUCGGCCUUGAAUUCUCCUAAGAGGACGCCAACAGCCCGGCCCGGCAGAGACAGAUUUACAGCAGAGUCCUAUACAGUGCUGGCUGACACCUCGAUCGACGCCGGCCAGCACUACUGGGAGGUGCGGUUUGACAAGGAGAGCAAAGCCUUUGCCGUGGGCGUCGCCCUGCGGAGCCUCGGACGCUUCGACCAGCUUGGGAAGAGCAGCGCUUCCUGGUGCAUCCACCUGAACAACUGGCUGCAGCAGAGUCUCACAGCAAAGCACAACAACAAGGCCCGCACUCUGGACUGCGCCAUCCCAAGCCGCAUCGGAGUCUACGUCAACUACGACGAAGGGGUUCUGUCUUUCUACAACUCCAAAACUAAACAGCUGAUGCACACCUUCAAAACCAAGUUCCAGCAGCCAGUGAUACCAGCUUUCAUGGUGUGGAACGGCACUUUCUCAGUGCUGACGGGCAUGCAGGUUCCCACCCUGGUGCAGAGCGGCCAGAGGAGGAACAGCAACACCAGCAGCUCCAACGCCAGCCUCACCUAGACCCACCCUCCCUUUAUCCCGCUGGACGCUCUGCUUUAACACAGUCACCGCUGCAGAACAUCGCCUCAGCCCUGGCUGCGGUCCAAGCCUCAUAUCAUAUUAGAGUUACAUCGCUGGAUGGUUCAACCUGUUCCAGCGUAACAACAACAAUGGUUUUGGCAACAAAUGAGUCAUCUGCCAGUGACAGAGCUCUUCAGGUGUUUGACUCCGGCUGGUGUUGUUGCUUGGGACACAUUAGCUGUACUAGUUUUUCUUCUCUUUACACGUCAUUUAGCACUGUCCCACUGCUGCUAGAGCAAAGAUUUAGCGCUGGCCGCUGCCCUUCCUUCCUCGCCAUCAUCAGAAACUGUCAGUGGUACUGUCGAUGCAGAUGGCACAGGGUCAAGGCCUGUCCUGUUCUGUCUGCUCUCUCCCUGUGCCUUCCUUCUCAUUUCCAAAUCGGCUGAUGCUUUGAUGUAUUUCGCUGUGAGAAAUCUCCCUAGUUCAAGUUAAAACAACGUAUUGUGUCAGUGUCAUUAUAACCUGGUUGUAACGUAGCUUAGUGAUAAUCAAUCCGCCAUCAGCCAACCUAUUUAACCCAAAUAACCAGCUCCUAGACAAUACUAGUGAUGUGAUGCAGUUUAUUUAACCAGGAUUAAUCUUACUCUACUUUGCCAACAACUUAUGGAUCAUAAAGAAAUACUUCACUCCCAAAACAGGCAACUUAAAUAUUAAUUAUUCCCCCCAGGUAGCAUUGAAUUCUUGAAGAUAACUGUGUGUCUUGCAUGUCCCUACAGUGAAAGAAGAAUCCAAAAAAGGUGUCUUAAUGCACUACUGCAUAAAGAGUCUGAGACCUACACAGACUUGUUACUCUAUGUGCAAGUGCUUUUUAAAGCGGAAGUGUUUUAAUAUAAUGAUUUUAAUACAUGUAUUUUGGUUACUUUACGACCUGCUGCACAGGUUGUGUGAGAGUUUAUAAACGUAUUGCAGCAGCAAAAUUAUUAGGAAAUAAAACAGAAGAAUAGCUCAAAAUGUAAACUGCCACUGAGGCAUCAGCUACCAAAUUGUGUGUGGGGAAAAGGAUCCAAAGUCCCGGCAAGAACGUCAUUUAUGCAGUUUAUUCCAAUCAAAAAAGUGCAAAGAACAAUGAUUUUGUUCUGAAUUCUUGCCUUGUGCCUUUCCUCUGACAUCCCUUGUCUUAGCGUGGUAAAAAUCCAUUUGCCCUUGCUGGUGCACUGGUCCUACCUUCAUCUGUCUCCAAUAUAUACUGUACAUAAUCACCAGGUGCCCAAAACUGCCUUCAAAAUAUAAGCAUAGUCAACUACUUAAAUUCACUAAAUUAGACAAAAUAAAAGGUAAAGAAAAUAAAUGUUUAACCAUUAAAUAAAAUACAGUAAAUCAACGAAUACUCCAACACUUGUGGUUUAAAGUAAGUUUUGCUGUUGCUAAAUUGCAGAAACUCUUCUCUGUUUUUGGAUUCUUCGUUCUCCAUGGCAUGUGGGAAAAACAAGGAUUUCUUCAAGAAUUCAAGAUAACACGGGAUGAGUAAUUGAUUCAUUUGGCGGGGGAGUAACAUAUUCCAUAUUUUAUAUUUGAACUCUCGCCAAUGCAUGCAGACUUAACAGUGUUUACUGCAUUUUACUUCUUUUGCUCACGUCCUACUCUGCGUACGAGAAACUGGGUCGUUUAGCCUCUUGUUGAGGUUCUGUUUUAAUUCAGAGUCGGUGUUUUCAGCCAGAUUCUGCACAGAAAGUUAGAGGGAGUUUUAAUCACCUCCUCCUGCAGAGAAGGCGUCAGAUGUCCAGGAUUUAGGAAAUGACUGUACUGUAUUCAUCCUAUUCACCUCACUGCACACUAAUGCUUGUUGUACAGUAUGUAUGUGUCUGAAAACACUAUGCUGUUUUCUGAAGAGGAAUCCCAUUAUGAGUAGUGGACUGCCUGUGAUCCAAAUAUAACAAUUAGCUAGCAAGUAGCCUCAGCUAAAAAAAAUGGUAUUAGGAGAGUUAGCCAGGUUGUUGUUCCACCUGGGGGAAAAAAAGAAGUGUUUAAUUCUGGAAAUGAUGUUAGGAAUUUCCUAUCUGUGCACAGCCCGACCUCUGAGUAGCGUUCAAGUCCUGUUACAGUCUUGCUUUUCCAUGUUGCUCCCUCUGUAUGCAUCUCCUGAAUAACUGUAGCCUGCAAAUGCUUUAAAGAAAAUUAUGUUGACUUUAUUUCACUCGCUGACACAAUGUCACAGUUUAUUGUAAAUAGUUUUCCACUAUAGUGUGUCAGCCAUUGAGGUAUUAAAGGAGCAAAAGUUUGUUCUUGGAUUUAUGCUUCAACAAGGAAUAAAACAAAGUCAGAAACA